AACAUAAAAUAUCAUCAGCUUCUAUAGACUCUUUGUUUUAUCAAAAUGAUCUUCAUUCGUAUCUCAUCAACCUGAAAGCUUUUAUUAUUAAACCACUGGAAAGCAAACUCAAAAUAGUGUCUAAACAAGAAAAUACUGAUAGAAUCAAAGCUUUCAUUUCACAACGAGCAGACAACUAUAAAGACGCUCCCUCAAAAAUGAUCGACUCGUAUUUAGAGAAGUCUAGAAAUACUAUCGUUCUCGAUAAAAUUCUUAUUAAUAAACCUAACCAGAACUCGUAUAUAGAACUAGACCAAAAUAAAUUAAAGAAAGCUACCACUUUACAUUUUCAAACAGUGGCUGUCUUGUUAAACAAGGAAGUUACAGAUCUAACAACUCCUAACUUUUCAAAUUUCUGGUCCCAAUGGAAAGAAUUUUAUC